CCUAGGUAGACAUGAUUUACAUAAACGAACAUCUGCCUAAUAUAUUUCAUAUAUUUCAUAUAUUUCAAAAUUAGCAAGAUAGUUAUCGAAUAAUCAAUUCUAUUAAAAGCAAAGAGAGGGAAAUGACACCAACUGAAACCUUCACCACGACGGUGCAUCCCUUCGACUCGCCAACUUCAAACGCCUGUGCUUACGAAAUCGGCCUCCACGACUCAAACAACGCUCUGGUAUUUAUUGGCGGGCUCGGCGAUGGCCCUCACACAGUGCCCUAUCCGCGUGCUAUAGCAAAACGUCUAGAAGCCGAAAUCGACCUGGGCUAUUCUGUCUUCGAAUUCAGAUUAACCAGCUCAUUCAAUGGCUUCGGCUUUGCUAGUCUAGCUAAUGAUGUAGCGGAUAUAUCGGCCUUGGUUGAGUAUCUACGAAGCAUAGGAAAGGGACGGGUGGUCCUCCUAGGUCAUUCUACCGGGAGUCAGGACUGCAUGGAAUAUACCUCACCGUCUCAUAUCGCCACACCAGUUGAUGGAUAUAUCUUGCAAGCUCCCGUGUGCGACCGAGGAGCGAUAGCCCUAGACAUGGGCGUAUCUGCGCUCGACGACGGCCUCAAGGUCGCCAAAGAGCUCAUCAAGUCUGGUAGAGGCCUGGAGCGUAUGCUGCCUAAACACCUUCCACCCUCAUUUGCAAGCACGCCGAUUUCUGCUGAGCGCUGGUACGCUCUGGGAGCAGCUGAUGGUAACGACAACUAUUUUGACCCUGCGCUUCCGGAUGAGGUAAUUGGUCCCUAUUGGAAACGAGUAAAUAAGCCGAUUUUGAUACUUCAUUCGGGUGAGGAUGAGUUUGUGCCUAAAUCGGUCGAUAAGGAGGCGCUGAUCCAACACUGGAAAUCGCUCUGCCAACCAGGCAUCGCAAGUGAGCUCUCCGGUGUAAUUCCGGGUGCCGGCCAUAGAGUAGAAGAGCCCGGGGCGGAGAAAAUACUCGUGGAGACGGUGGUCAAGUUUUUGAAGAGCAUCGCGUAGGUAGUCACGGGAAGAAAAGGGGAGCGAAGAAAAAACUUAAGACCACCUAGGUACAGGAUUCUAAGAAACAAUAUUCUAAGAAAUAAGUCGAAAGCAUCUAUGGGAGUGCUGUUCAAAUUCAAUCAUUCGGAAGGUAUAUACAUAGAAUCCGUCAUAGUCUUGACUUGAAACAAUUCAAUCGAUUACCUAAACGAAUAUUUACUAAGUUCCGUAACACCAACA